AUGGGUUGUUUGGGCAACAGUAAGACCGAAGACCAGAGAAAUGAGGAGAAGGCACAAAGAGAAGCGAACAAGAAGAUCGAGAAGCAGCUGCAGAAAGACAAGCAGAUCUACAGAGCCACGCACAGACUACUACUGCUAGGAGCUGGAGAGUCGGGAAAGAGCACCAUCGUGAAGCAGAUGAGGAUCCUACAUGUGAACGGCUUCAAUGCAGAAGAAAAGAAGCAGAAAAUUCAGGACAUCAAGAAUAAUAUUAAAGAGGCUAUUGAAACCAUAAUAACCGCUAUGAGCACCCUGACUCCGCCGGUGCAGCUGGCCUGUCCUCAGAACCAGUACCGGAUCGAAUACAUCCUCAACCUCGUCAACCAGAAGGACUUUGAGUUUCCAUCUGAGUUUUAUGACCACGCCAAGACGCUGUGGCAGGACGAGGGGGUCCGGGCGUGCUACGAGAGAUCCAACGAGUACCAGCUGAUCGACUGUGCACAAUACUUUUUGGACAAGAUCGACAUCGUGAAGCAGAGCGACUACACUCCAUCAGAUCAGGAUCUGUUGCGGUGCAGAGUUCUGACAUCUGGGAUCUUCGAGACGAGAUUCCAAGUGGACAAAGUUAAUUUCCACAUGUUCGAUGUCGGCGGUCAGAGAGACGAACGUCGGAAAUGGAUCCAGUGCUUUAAUGACGUAACGGCCAUCAUCUUCGUGGUGGCCAGCAGCAGCUACAACAUGGUGAUCCGAGAGGACAAUCAGACCAACCGUUUACAGGAGGCCCUCAACCUCUUCAAGAACAUCUGGAACAACAGGUGGCUGCGGACCAUUUCUGUCAUCUUGUUCCUGAAUAAACAGGACCUGCUGGCAGAGAAGGUGCUGGCGGGGAAGUCCAAAAUCGAAGAAUACUUUCCUGAAUUUGCUCGCUACACGACGCCAGAUGACGCGACACCAGAGCCGGGGGAAGAUCCACGAGUUACGAGAGCAAAAUAUUUCAUAAGAGAUGAAUUCCUGAGGAUCAGCACGGCGAGCGGCGACGGGAGGCACUACUGCUACCCUCACUUCACCUGCGCCGUCGACACAGAAAACAUCCGGCGCGUCUUCAACGACUGUCGAGACAUCAUCCAGCGGAUGCACCUCCGGCAGUACGAGCUGUUGUGAUGGAGAGGAACGGCCAGAGAAAGACUAAUGGACGUGACUAUGAUAAAACCCUGAGCUCUCCUCUUCCACAGAAGUGUGUGAGCUCUGGUGACCAAACAGGGCAAAAACACACAAACACACACUGACAGUAAACACACCCACAACUUCCUGGAUGCAAACGCCCUGCCUGAUGUAGAAAGAGCUGCUCUGAUGGAAGAGACGCCACAUUCAGAGCUCCUCACCUUUCAGCAGCAUCCCCACACCUUACCUUCUGGAGAGGACUGCAGAUGAUGAGGUUUGGGAUGGAAACUAAGAGCUACGACUUCAGUGCAACUGGGAAAGAGAAAACUGUUGAAUAAAGAACAGAUCAGCUGAACACUGUAUCUAAGAAAAAACACAAGCACUGUGCUCAGGACUCGACCGUGGAACAGCAAACCUUCCUGUCACUUACAGAUGUCUUUAAAUCACUCUGCUUGCACACAAACGUAUCACACCUGCUUUUUACUGGACCGCUGGAGGCCAGACCAUUUAUCCGGAGCGGCGCUUUGAGAUUCAGCCCCGAGGAGCAGCGUGAGACUGAACGGACCACGGGUGUGCUGGAGACCUCAGCGGGGCUUCACAGGAACAGAUCCGGUGUGAAUUCCUCUGGUGGAGUUCGGCCUCGUCGGACUCGGACGACUUCUCCACAGAACUGUUUUGCCGCCUGACUUUGCCUUGAUGGUUGUGGAGCAAAAAUGUGAGGAGGAUAUAUUGAGUUAAAAUAAUAAAAAAAAAGAAACAAAAAUGCCAACUUUUCUGGAACUUAAAGCGAAGGACAGAACGCAUCCUUCUGCAGUACAGAAGCAUAUAAGUUAAAGAGAACUCGUCCUGUUUUACGUCUCCACAGCGGUUUCUGUGUGGACAUCGUGCCCUGUGCACUCUCUUUCUUCAUCUUCCUGUCUGUCAUCCUCUCUUCUUUCUUUCUUUCUCCUCUCCAUCUUCUCCCUCUCUUCCCCGACCACCACCUUCUCAUUUGCACUUCCUGGCGAUGUCUUUUUUUUGUUGUUUUAGGAGAAAAUAAAGUAUUAUAAUCCUGGAGUAUAAAAAAGACGAUCACAACAACAAACAGGACUCUUUUUCUUUUCUUUUUCAGUUUUUUUCUUUUUACUCAUGCCUGCUUGCACCUCCCUCCAUUCCUCCCUCCAUCAUUCCUCCCUCGUCCGUCUUUACUUUACUGCUGAACUAUUAUUCUUGUACAGACUGUAAAAUGUAUUAUUUUGUACAACUUUAUUGGAAAAAACAACUUUUAGAAGAUCCCUGUGCCUUGAUCACGACUGUACGUGUAAUGAGCUAAAGUGGGUGUCAUACUGCGCUGUAUAGCUUGGCCAAUCCCCUCCCAACGCCCUCGCUUUCCUCCUUUCUCUACCCCUCUUUUUCUCUCUCGCUCUCUUUCCUCCGUCCUCGGAGAUGGCGGAUGACCAUUCGUAGCUUUUGUAGUUUUAUUUCUCCUCCCCCUUUUCCUCCCCAUUCUCUCUUUAUGAUUUAAAUGUCUAUUUUUGGAUCCAUAUACCCCAAAAAGAUAAAUAUAUGAAAUGUAUAUGGGUUUUAAAAAAGAAAAAAAGAAGUAUUUUAUUAGAAAUCAAAUGAUGAACCUUGACAAAUUGUACACUUGAUAGUGUGCAUAUUGCUAUAACUUAAAUCCUUCCAACUGAA